AUGUCGAAAGCUGUGAACGUGCCCACCGAUACCAAGCAAAAGGAGAAGGAUAUCAACCAGAAGCUCCAAUUCUUCGGUAUCUUCCACGCUUUCAAGAACAGCAAACUCCCAUCGAACAAGCAAUGCGACAUUGCCCUGAACACGGCCUUGAACUCCAAGGCCCUUACAUCUCCCCCUAAUGAGCUCUCGGCCGACGGAAAGACCCUGGUGGCCGACCUGCGCAAUGUGAUCGACGCCGCCAAGAAAAUGCUAUUGGUGAAGAACGAGGGCGAACUCAUUCAGGACUUCAUUUGGCAAGCCCAGAAGAUCACCGCAGGUGAUGCUAAGCGCCCUGAACUCCCCGUCGACAAGGAGGCUGGCAAACAGGAUGCCAGCAAGGCCGCCGAGGGCCUGAAGACUCUGGGCACAUUGAUGAUCACCAACGGAGAGUUCCGCAAGCUUUUGAGCGACGCCGCUACCCUCGGAAAGGACAUUGCAGCAGAUGCCUCACAGAAAGCCGCCAACCAGGUGCGCCCAUCGGAGGAAGAUCUUGCGCAAAUCGACCAGGCCGCAGAGGACAAUGUCUGGCACGAGAAGCCCAACAUCAACAAGGACGACCUGAAGUCCAAGUUCAAGCGCAACAAGGCUGACAAGGAGAGCAUUGCCUCUGCCUCUAUCGCCGAGAACCAGUCUGCUGUUGACUCUACAACAUCGACUAAGAGCAAGACCAAGGAAUAUGCCGACAAGACCAAGAACUACCUUAGCGAGAAGAUUCCCAAGGAGCGUCGCGAGCAGACUAUCUGGCGCCUGAAGAAGAUGAUCAUUGAGAUCCAGGGCCACGCUGACUACCAGCAAGCCGUCGAGACUUUGCUGACUAUGGCCGAGCAAUACGCUGGCCACACCAAGGAUGUCACCAAGCAGAGUGGCACUGCCGCCCGCGACGUCAUCAAGGGCGACAGCGUGCAAGCCGUCAAGCACAAUCUGCGCACACUCAUCGAGCGUUUCGCCAACAACACCUCUCUGGACAGCUUCUUCGAGUCUCUCAACACCAUUUACCACGAUGCCGAGAAGGACCCUGAGCUGCGCAACUGGUUCACAAACGUGGACAACCUGAUUCGCAAGUCGCUGCGCGAGCAGGGCUUCAUCAUGGAGGAUGAGUGCAACCGCCAGUGGAACGAGCUCUAUGACAAGGGCCGCUACCUCCUCCGUGAGCGCUACCGUGGACACUCCGACCGUAUCGUCGACGAGGCCAAGUUCCUUGCCGACCAAUUCGAGAAGGAUACCCAAAACCAGGCCCUCGCCACGGCUUUCCAGAAGCUCUUCCAGGACCUUGGCCACGACAGCAACGGCAAGCCCGAGUUCAAGCCUGCUCUUCUCAAGGAUCUCCGCGAUAUCAUCCUGCCCGCCAUCUUCGAAAACGUUCGCUACGUCCCCAUCCCCCGUAUCGAGGUCUCGGACCCCAUGGUCGAUGUUGUCGUCGAGAACCUCACCAUCGAGAGCGACAACCUCAUGCCCAAUGUCGUGGAGUUCGGUAGCGACAACUACUUCCGCUGGGGCCGCAAGAAGAUCACCAACAAGCGUGACAACAAGAUCAUGAUCGCCAUGUCUGGUAUCCAGGCCGAUCUGCGUGAUGUCAGCUACUACAUCAAGAAGAAGGAGGGCUUCCCCGCCAUCACCGACCGCGGUGUCAUGGACAUCUUCCUGGGCGGCGAAGGCCUUAGCGUCAAGAUCGCCGCUUCCACCGCUCAAAAGGGCGACAAGGAGCACUUCGUCAAGCUGGACAAGGUCAAUGUCGGCAUCAAGAACAUGGACAUCAAGUUGAAGAAGUCCGGCCACAAGAUGCUGUUCAACACCUUCAAGCCCAUGCUGUUCCGCGUUGUCCGCCCCGCCCUGCAAAAGGUCGUCGAGGGACAGAUCCGCGAGGCCUUCAAGAACGGCGACAUCUUCGCCAACGACAUCCACACCGAGGCCAAGCGCGCCCAGGAGGCCGCCCGCGAGGAUCCCGAGAACGCCCCCACAAUCUUCGCCCGUUACUCGGACGCCAUCCGUGCCCGCACCCAGGCCAAGGCCAAGCAGGCCGAGGGUGCCGUCAAGCGCGACACCAAGGUCCAGACCGUCAUGACUCUCCACGACUCGAUCUUCCCUGACAUCGAGCUCCCCGGCGGUGUCUCCAGCAAGGCCACCGAGUACGCCGACCUGGCUGCCAAGGGCGAGCGCUGGGAGUCCCCCAUCUUCAGCCUCGGCAGUGCCUCCGAGUCCACUGAUAUCCCCUCCGCCGGUAAGAUUACCAACAAGCCCCACGGCGCCAGCACCAAUGGCGCCGGUGCGGCAGGUGUUGCCGCCGCCGCUGGAUCCUCCGGCGACGCCACAGCCGCUGCUGCCGGUGUUGCCAGCCCCACCAACGGCGCCCGCGGCUUCUCCGAUGAGGUCGACAAGGCCUUCGUCAAUGGCAAGACCCCUGAUUUGGGUGACGCCGUCAAGAACACCAAUGGCACUCACGCCACUAACGGCGCCACCGCCGCCGUCUAA